AUGGUCAAGAAAGCCAAGGAACAGCUGCAAGAGUUUUGGGAUGUGCAGCGUUCUUCUACGAGGCCAAUGGUUCCACGUGAGGUGGUACGUUCGAAGUCCCCUUUUGCAGGUUUGUUCAAGAUCAAUUUUGACGGUGCUAUCUUCGAGAACAUGGACCUUGCUGGUUUGGGGUUUGUCGUUAGGGACGAGCAUGGGAUGAUUGUCGCUACUCUUAGUCAGCGAAUUCCCCUGCCCAGCUCGGUGGAUAUGGUGGAAGCACUGGCAGCUAGGUGUGCUCUCAUUUUUGCCCAAGAAAUUAGUAUUUUAACAGUGGAGCUUGAAGGGGGUAAUAGAUUAGCCCCCUCCCUAGCUAGAAGAGCAGUUUUAGCUGCGGAUACUAAUGUGUGGUUAGAAGAGCUACCACAAGACUUAGAUGAUGUUUUUUAG